UGGUCUGCUGCACGUGUUUUAAAUUCGCGUGUUUUGCUCUUCAUUUCGGGACGUCGUGCAGCAAUUUAACGGAAACAAACGGAAAUAUUAUUGAAAUAUCAUUAAGAAUACGGUUGAUUGGUUCUUGAAGAGAUGGAGGUGAAUGCCGGCAAGCUGCGGAUCGGCGCACAGCGAUUGCUGCAGUUGACUGAAAAUGAGUCUGAAGACAACGUGUUUGCGCAAAGUUUGAAGAAAUUCAUCAAGAAGCAGAAAUAUUUGCCCCAGGAUGUAGAGCGGCUGUUUCAAACGCUCAGCGAGCAGCUGCCUCAGCCCGCUUAUACAAUCCCUAUCGCAGUGACUUUCGAGGAGCAGGUUCUUCUGCUUCUUUCCAUGGCACUCCGUUGGGAUUCCACUGGACAAACUUUCCGCCAGUAUCAGCUGGAGUGUGUGGCGCUGGCCAAGCUAAUGGAUUUUUCCCUGGAUGCACAAAGGUUUGCCAAAAGUUACUUCCACGAUAGGCCAGCUCCCUUUGACAAUAGCUUUGACACUCUGCCCAGCAAAAAGUUAAAAAAUGGCAGUCAGAAUAAUAAUCUAGAGGAUGUGGAGCUCAUUAGAUGCUGCUACCAAUUGCUUAAAAGUGAUAUAUCCUAUUUCCGUGAGCUGUGGGACUGGUCAAGCUUUGUUGCCACCUAUGCACACAAUUCAUCAAACCCGAAGGCGAGGCUUUACUGCAACUACAUCGUGGCCAUGUUGACCAACAUGAGUACGCCGCAGCUAAACGCCUUAAAUGAGCAAAUAUCCACAGAAACACGUCUUGAAUUUGAGCACGAAAAGGAGGAAGCUUGGAUCAAAGCUAGGAUCUCCAAUGGCAGCUAUGAACCAGACGCCUCCGAUCAAGUGCUGAACCUGCAACUGCAGAAUAUCAAUCAGGCUGUGACAAACAUUGAGGGCGUCCUACUGCCCACUUUCAACAAGGAGAACCUGGAGUUCUAUGCCAGCACCGAUGGCUGCUACGAUCGUAUUGUUAGGGUGGACUCAACUGUGGUUAAUUUAAGGAGCAUUGCGCUUGGAGUGGCUGCUGCCAAGCCCAUUUGCCUUUCAGGACCUGUUGGCUGUGGCAAAACCACGCUUAUUGAGUAUCUCGCUCGCAAAACCGGACGCAUUUGCCCCAAGCCGAAUGAAAUUGAAAUGAGAGAAAAGGCCCUGAAGAAAGCUGAAGAGGAGGAUCAACUGCUGACACUGAAGAAGAAGCCAAAGACGACGGGAAGCAAGCGUAAACUGGAGGAGUUGCCUCUGGAAGAGUUUCUUGAUUUGGGUGAGUCGACGCAAAAAAAUGGAUUUUUGCGUAUUCAGCUUGGAGAUCAGACCGACAGCAAAAUGUUAUUGGGUCAAUACCGAUGCACUGAUGUGCCCGGGGAGUUUGUUUGGUUGCCUGGAGUGUUAACGCAGGCCGUCAUGCAUGGCUAUUGGUUGUUGCUGGAGGAUCUGGAUGCCGCCACCCAAGACACCUAUACCAUUCUGAGUAGUCUUUUAGAACGCCAGUGCCUCAGUGUUCCCGGUUUCCGCGAUAACGUCAAAAUAGAGCCCGGUUUUCAGUUGUUUGUUACAGUGCGAACCAACAAGUCGUCCAAUUCAAGCCACAAAUCGCUUUACUCCCUGCUGGAUAAAUAUCUUUAUACCAUUAAUAUACUGCCACUUUCCCGAAAUGAACUCUGCAAAGUGGUCAGCACCAACUAUCCUAAGCUGGCUACAGUGGCCAACCGGAUUGUGGAUGUGUUCCUUACUUUCUCCAGUGGCCACCACGCAUCCGCGGACAACUUGAGGCAACAGGAGUCUGGCGACAAAGCGGAUAACACGGAGCAAUAUGUAGCCCUACCCUUUGAGCCGGUUUCCCUUACCUCCAGUCCCAAUUCGGGAAGAUUGGUGUCCACCCGAGAUUUGGUGAAGCUGUGCCACCGGUCCAGCGCCCAGUUUUCGGUGACAAGCGCCGAGUGUGCCUACUUUGUCUUCCAGAAUGCAGUGGACGUAUUCUGCUCAUAUCUACCACAGAGCAAGCAAAAAACAACCCUGAUCACGAGCAUUGGAGCGAAGUUGGGCAUCAUCCGCUCCCGCUGUGAACAUUUCGCAAGUGAAUACAAACCAGAUGUGGAGUUUGGCCUGGAUUACAUUAAAAUCGGAAGAGCUAGCCUGCUGGCUAAAUCCCAAAUAGAAAACAACGAGAACGAGGAAACCUCAGAGCAGGAUCUCAAGCGUCAAAAGUUAACCGAGCAGACUAGACGGGCCAUUGGCAAGGUCGGAAACAAGCGCACAACCUUCUCGUUUACGCGACUGGCUAGCUGCAUUCUGGAGCGGAUAGCCGUGUGUGUCAGCCACUCGGAGCCGGUUCUCCUGGUAGGCGAAACCGGAGUGGGAAAGACUUCGUCAGUGCAAUACCUCGCCGAGCGAACAGAACACAAACUGGUGGUGGUGAACAUGAACAACCAAUCGGAUGUGUCGGAUUUGGUUGGCGGCUUUAAGCCUGUGGAGCUUAACUACGUUCUGGAACCAUUGCGAAAUGAAUUCGAGUAUCUUUUAAGCGAAACCUUCAAUCGGGAGAAGAACUUGCAAUUCCUGCGCCUGUUUGCCACCCACUACAACAGUGGUCGUCACUCUGUGAUCAUCCGCACCAUGAUCAAUAUAUGCCUACAGGUGGCCAAGAACCCGGAACUCCAGCGGAGCCAGUUCCUUCCCCGCUGGCAAACGCUGAGAGAAAAACUGCAGAAGCUGCAAAUGCAGCUAGACAAGAGCAUCAACAUUUCCUUCGCCUUCAUACCCGGUUCACUGGUCAACUGCAUAAGCAACGGAGAUUGGGUUCUCCUGGAUGAAAUUAACCUGGCCACAGCAGAAACACUGGAAUGCCUUUCCACCAUUCUCGAACCUGAGGGCUCUGUGGUGCUCCUGGAACGUGGUGACUUCACGCCCGUAAAGCGGCAUCCAGACUUCCGCAUGUUUGCCUGUAUGAAUCCGAACACGGACAUUGGCAAGAAGGAUUUGCCCGUGGGCAUUCGCAAUCGGUUCACGGAAUUCUUUGUGGAUGAACUCACGACGGAUGCUGAUUUGAGUCUGCUGGUAAGCGAUUAUCUGGCCAAUACGGGCAUCCAGCGAAAGUCCGUGCACAGCAUCGUGCAGUUGUACAAAUCCCUGCGAAAGCUGUCCGAACUCCAGUUGAAUGAUGGCCUCGGAAAUCGCCCGGUUUAUUCAUUGCGUACUCUCUGUCGUAGCUUGCGCAUUUGUGCACGCAAUUUGUGUGGCUCCAUCGAGCGGAAUCUGUACGAGAGCUUCUGCCUGAGUUUUCUCACUCAGUUGGACCCGGACUCUCACCAUGUGGUGCUUCUGCUAAUCCAAAACGCAAUGCUUUCAAAUGCGAAGGCUGUUUUGAAUCAGCAGUUGCCACAGUUGGGCGAGAAUUACCUAAACUUUGAGGGGUACUGGAUUCAAACGGGCAACUUGGAACCGCAGCCGUGCACGCACUACAUCCUCACGGAAAGUGUUAAGAAGAACCUCAAGGAUCUGGCGCGAAUCAUAUCGAUUGGCAAGCUGCCGAUUCUGCUCCAGGGACCAACCAGUGCGGGAAAAACCAGUUUGAUCGACUACGUUGCCAGGCGGAGUGGCAAUCGGUGCCUGCGAAUCAAUAACCACGAGCACACGGACCUCCAGGAGUACAUCGGCACAUAUGCCGCGGACGUGAACGGCAAGCUAACCUUCAAGGAGGGAGUGCUGGUGCAGGCGAUGCGCCAUGGCUUCUGGAUUAUACUCGACGAACUUAAUCUCGCCUCCACGGAUAUUCUGGAGGCUCUGAAUCGAGUUUUAGACGACAACCGGGAGCUGUACAUCGCAGAGACCCAGACCCUGGUGAAGGCUCAUCCGAACUUUAUGCUGUUUGCUACGCAGAAUCCCCCGGGAUUAUAUGGCGGCCGUAAGACGCUCUCCCGUGCUUUUAAGAAUCGUUUCAUAGAGCUGCACUUUGCGGACAUACCGCGCGGCGAGCUGGAGAUCAUUCUGGAGAAGCGCUGCUUUAUCCCACCCUCCUAUGCGCGCAAGAUGGUGCAGUGCAUGACCCAGUUGCAGCAGCACCGCCAGAAUACCUCCAAGCAGGUCUUCACUCUGCGCGAUCUCUUCCGCUGGGGCAAUCGAUACACGCAUGCGGACAAGUCCCUGCACGAGGACACCAAGUACGACUGGAAUCAGCACCUCGUGGAGGAGGGCUACCUGGUUCUGUCCUCGAAGGUGCGAUCCCAGGAUGAGCACGAGCUGAUCGAGAAGACCCUGUUCGCCAACUUCCGCAAGAAGGUUGAUCUGCAGUUGCUGUUCGAUAUCCAAACCGAGAGGGAAAGCUCCUCCAUGGUGAGUAGACGGAUCCUGGAUGCCAUCAGAAACUUUACGCUGCGUGGAGACAUAGUUUGGACCCGGAACAUGACCCGCAUGGCUGUGGUAACAGCCAAGGCUCUGGAGUUUGACGAGCCUGUGCUUCUGGUCGGUCCGACGGGUUGCGGCAAGACCACCGUGUGCCAACUCCUCGCCAGCAUCGCUGAUGUGGAGCUGCGCAUUCUCAACUGUCACAUGCACACCGAGGGAGCUGAUUUCCUGGGAGGAUUGCGACCUUGUCGAGGUCAGGAGUCGACGCAACUGUUCGAGUGGGCCGACGGUCCGUUGAUCUAUGCAAUGCAGGAGGGAUCCUAUUUUAUGGCUGACGAGAUAUCCCUGGCUGAGGAUUCGGUGUUGGAGCGGCUUAACUGCAUCUUGGAACCGGAGCGCACGGUUCUGUUGGCUGAAAAGGGCGGCGUCGCUGAGUUGGAUGCAAGUCCCGACUUUGUUGUGCAGGCAAAGCCUGGCUUCCAGUUCCUAGCCACCAUGAACCCGGGCGGGGAUUUCGGCAAGAAGGAACUCUCGCCUGCCCUGAGGAAUCGCUUUACAGAGGUCUGGUGCUUGCCCUCCGACAACAAGGAGGACCUGAUUGAGAUUGCCUACAACUGCAUGAGCCGGCAAAAGGACCUCGGCAGCCAGGCGACCAACACCCAUAAGGUGGCCGAAUAUCUGGUGGAGAUAGUGCUUCACAUUCGCGACACCAACGAUAAGUUCAAGUUCUCCGUACGCGACAUCCUGGCCUGGGCCAACUACAUGGUCAGCAACAAGAAGCUGAGCUUUGCAGAGCAGGCCAUCUUUGGCUUAGAAACCAUAUUCCUGGAUGCAUUGGAGAUGCUGCCCCACGAAUCUGAGGAGCAGGUGGAGCGACUAAAAGCCAGUAUCAUCAAGCAGGCCAUCGAACAGGCGGGUUCUAUCCUAAACGAGAAGUUUACCCUCGAGGAAGUCAGCGAGAAGCGAGGCGUUGAAGUCCAGCUAGAUGACUCCCACUUCGGCAUUCGCCCGUUUUUCAUAGACGUAAACCAGAAUCGCGUGUCGUCGGCUAAGGAGGACUUCUUUUUCGAUGCUCCAACCACCAAACAGAACCUUUUCCGCCUACUUUCCGCACUGUCCCUUCAAAAACCUGUGCUGCUCGAGGGACCACCGGGUGUGGGCAAGACCUCCAUAGUGGAGAGCAUUGCAGCGGCCAUUGGCUAUCAAAUUGUGCGCAUCAACCUGUGCGAGCACACGGAUUUGGCUGAUCUGUUCGGAACCGAUCUGCCUGCCGAGGAUAACCUACUUGAAUCGAAUGCGGUGUCCUCCGGUCGCCAAAUGGGCAGUUUUGUGUGGCGCGACGGUCCACUUCUGGCUGCUUUGAAGGCGAAGAACACCUGGAUUCUGCUGGACGAACUGAAUCUGGCCCCGCAAUCCGUGCUGGAAGGUCUCAAUGCUGUGCUCGACCAUCGUGGCGAGGUCUACAUACCUGAGUUGAACAAGAGCUUCCACCUGGCUGGCUCAACUCGCAUAUUUGCCUGCCAGAAUCCCCUUAAGCAAGGCGGUGGACGCAAAGGAUUACCCCAAUCAUUCCUUAAUCGAUUUACUAAAGUUUAUCUGCGCAAACUUUCCACGCAGGAUCUGCUCCAUGUGGUAAAUGUGAAAUACGGAGAGUACUUUGAUCAAUUAAGCGGACAUUUUUCGGAGCUGCUGAAUGAUAAAUCUGAUAGGAAUCUUUUUGAAAUUUACUCUGGAGUAAAAGCUGCGGAGAAAUCGAACCGGUUUGAUUUGGCCGCUCGUUUGGUGCGCUUCUCGGAGCAAUUGGAUCGCGGAGUGGCCUCAAUGGAGUUUGGCUACAAGGGAGGUCCUUACGAGUUCAACCUUCGUGAUAUACUGCGCUGGUGCGAUCUGCUCCACAACCCACAAACUGGAUACGUCUUGACUUCAAAUCCUCUCUCAUUCCAAUCUGCUUUCAAAGACUUUUUACUCACUCUUUAUGAAAGGAUGCAGUUGGUCUACUACCAAAGGAUGCGAUGCGAGCAAGACAAGUCGUACAUUCGCAAAGUUUUCGCAUCCGUUUUCGAAUGCGAUGCCGAACAGCUAAAUGAGGUUUCGGACGAUGUAGCUCUUUACUGGACGGCUGACAAGGUUUAUUUCAACGAUGUUGUUUUGGAGCGGGAGCAACUCGGUGUCUUGGAAUCGGCAUCGCGACAGGAGGAGGCUCCCUUGCUGCUGGACAGCCAGAGACAGGUACUCAAACAAAUCGUCGAGGCCGUGCACAUGGAGAAGCCUCUGCUGCUCUGCGGAUCCACCGACAGUGGCAAAACCAAGCUGAUCGAUGCCCUCUGCGUGCUCUCUAAUCGCCUCUGCAAUACGGAUAUUAUUGAUGACUCUGUUACUGGUAGUUUCCAGCAGAUCGACUUAAAUCGUCAUCUAGAAGUGAUCUAUAAGAAGGUUGAGGCGCUUGUAUUCGCAAGUGUGCAGAGAGCGUUUAUUCAGCAGAUUCAGCUCGAGUUUAUGGAACAGCUAUGGAGCCAAUGGAGCAAGUACAACAAGCUCGCCAAGGUCACAACAGAGCCCCAGCAACACAGCGUUUUGGAUGAACUAAAGUUGUUUAGCGAGCGACUGGGAUCUCUCGCCAAGAUCAUCGAGGUGCUAGAGACCACGCCGAGGGACUGCCAAGUGGCGGCAUUCCAGCAGUUGCCGGAAACCAAGUCUCAGCUUCUUCUGCUACAAGCCUACAUCGACACCGCCGAUUCCCUUAACACGGGAGGAUCCUUUGAAUGGGUUGACUCGCAAAUCGUUACCUCACUGAAGUGCGGGCAAUUUAUCUUGCUGGAACACGUGAAUCUGUGCUCCUCCGCAGUUCUAGAUCGCCUUAAUCCUGUAUUCGAGCCGAACGGAAGCUUGUUAAUAGCUGAGAAGGGAAUUAGUGCACAAGAUAAUGCCGAGGUGGUACAGAAGUCCAGCAAUUUCCGUGCUUUCCUUACCGUGGAUCCUAAGAACGGAGAACUAUCACGGGCCAUGCGCAACCGAUGCGUGGAGCUCUCCUUGUCGCGGGAUACCUACUCUGUAGAUGACAUGCGUGCCUUUAUCCAUGAACAGGGAGUCCAUCAAUCGAAGGCCAUAGAUUGCAUCCUGGCAGUUCACAUGGGGAUAAGUCAGCUGACCGAGUUCAAUAACUACUCCAUCUCUCACCUGACGCAAUUUGCUUUCCUGAGUGCUGCCUACAAAAGGAUUGGUUACCAAUUGAAACGUGCCAUUUAUGUGGCAGCCAUGGAGGUCUACGUUUAUUCCGCCAAUACCGAUUUAUUGGGCUUUGGAUUGUCCUACUAUCAAAACAAACUGCGCGAAGUGGUGCUAAAACAUUCAGAGUUAUUCGAGGAAGAGAUAACUUCUGAGGAAGAUUUCCUAAGCGAUUCGAUACUCAGUUCUGGAAACCUCAACUGUCUGACACUGAUCAAACUACAGUCAAUUGCGCUGAGAGUUUUACUGAAUGGAUCUUCAGAAGACGGUGUUCCAAAACUACAGCUGGCAGCCAUCUUCCAUAAGAUGGAGGACCUGAAACUGGACCAACUAAAUCCUCAGCAACUCAUUCGCCACUUCCUGUACAUACUUUACGAGUCAUCCACUUUCACCGAUUUGGAAUUAAGACAUCUUUACUUGCAACCUUGGUUGUCGGAGCACACAUCCAUCCAAGAAUUGUCUCACAACCUCUACACUUGCCUGCAGAAAAAGAGUAACAGCUUAAAAGCAACGCUGCCCAAUCUUCCCUGGAACCGAAAACUCUUUCCCAGACUCCGUGAUUACUCAAUAGAUACUGAAAAUUCCGAUCUUAAGUCUUUAAACCUGAGUGCUUUGCUUCUGUCGCGUCUGGUAGUAAAUGAUAUACCCACUGAUUCGUUAACUGCAGUGCAGCAAAUGAACGCUCUGCAGUAUUCGCAGGCGUUGCAGAAGAAAAAGGUGACCGUCAAGUACUCCAAUCAUUUCCUAGCCAAUCUGUCGAGUUUCCUCGAGGUUUUGCACACCUGUUUAAUGGAGGAUUUAGAUCAGGCAGACUUGGAUCUUCCGCACUAUGCUAGCUUAGUAACCCGCUUUCAUUGGUUCAAUCGAUUGUUGGCCACGGCACAGCAAAAAAUUCUUUACAGCAAUGAGCUUCAUGUGCCUCUGAUGCACAAGCUGGUGCUUCAUUUUCAGUGGCUGGAGAAGCACCUUUUAAGCCCCUUACUUGACUUGACUGCCAAUAGUUCUUGGCAUGGAACCAUUCGAGAAAGUGUUCUUAAAAUAAAGGAGUACAUUGAAGAGAACAGACGGCCUCUUAACGUGUCCUGCAAGAUUUACUCAAAGCAGUUCACUCAGUUUCAGCCUUACUAUCAGGAUCAACAGGUUCAAUUGCACACUGAUUUAAAGAGCUUGGAAGAAUUGCUCUGUUUGGUACCGAGCUAUGGCAAUUUGGAGUUGACUUCGUGGUUCAAGAAAUGGCAGCUUCUACAAUCGGAUGAGGCGAAAAAAUGGCGAUUGUUCCUGCAAAAGCACACGCAAGGCUUUCCACUCAAGCCCUUCGAAUUGAGUGGUUCCCUGGCGAAUGAAACUUUGCAAUUGCGCCUGCAAAGACUGCAAACAAAGUUAAAGGAAACUCAGGAAGCGAUUGCUGAAAACGGAUUUAAUUUGGAAUUGGAUCUUAACAGCCUUAAAAACCUUUUGGAAACGGAGUCGGAGGAAAGUCAAUCUUAUGUUCACCCCGAAGUUUUAGCUUUCAACACUCCGCAACUGUUACUCGCUGCUUUAAGGGAAAUAUUCAUGGAGCGUCUGCUAACAGGAACUUUGCGCGAGGACUUUGAUGAGCAAGUAAAUCCUCUGUACACAGAACAGUUGCUGACCUUAAACAGCAAUCUCUGGCUCUGCCUGAAAACACUUGAAAGUGCUUCCCAUAGUGAAGUCUCUAGUGCUUGGGCUGAACUCAAGAAGGAACUAAAUCAGCUGCAGAAUAGCGAGCAGCUUGCAACGCUGCUGGAAAGGAUCGGAAGCAGCUAUAAAGGAUUGCGAACCUACCAGAGGCAGUAUCGUAACUCCAUUCAAUGCUACCAGUUGGAGAAUCUCUCCACCCGUUUGGAUUGCGUACAAGGACCUCCGGAGGAAGGCAGCACGGAGAUAUCCAGUCGGUAUAGCUAUCAGGGACCCGCUUUGUCGGGAGUCUUCCUUUCACUGCUUUGUCAGCCCAACGGACAGCUGCGAUCGGUGCCACUAAGCGAGCUGCAGGAAUGGCGUUCUUCCUUGCAGCAAACGCGUCACCUGCUGUGGGAGAACUCUCAGAUGUUAAGUUCCAGAUACAGUGGAAGGGUCAACAACCUUUCGCUGGUCCAGGAAAACGCUGCUCAACUACUAAAAGAGCUGGAAUAUGUGCGUCAUUUAAGUCAGCGGGAACAGAAACCCAAUGAAGGCUUCGAAAGCUGUGCAAAAAAACUGGAUAGUAUGCUAAAAAUUCUUCAGCAGCAUGCGGUUAACAAGGAUUCCAUGACAACAGCCUUCGAUGUUGCACUAACUAAUGCCUUGGUUGGAGUCAUAGAGCUGUGCCUGCUUACAAAUGCCCCUCUGAUCGAUCCCGUGGAAAAGAAUCGCCUGAAGAACGAAUAUAUAGCAGAGGAUAUCGAUUGCCUCGGCACUUUAACCACCGCCUACGAUUUCAUGAAGAUUGUGAUGAAGUACCGGCACUUUGGCGAGGAGAUAUACAGCCAACUGGUGGACAAACUUAAGUUGGCGCAGCAGCGGCAGCAGCAACUCUCGCAGAAGUUGGCCCUGCGACCGGAGCAAUGUCUCUACGCGUCUCUGGUUCAGGACAUCACCCACUUCCUGCACUCGAAUGGGGAUUGUGAGCAGCUCUUCAACCUGUUCCAGCUAAUCAGCUCGGAGUGGGACAACUUCAAUGGAUCCCAGCCAGCCACGAAAGCGCAGCUUCAGAAGAGCACUGAGGCGAUGGGUAAACUCGAGCUCUGGCUGGCGAAUGCCCAGCGAUUCGUUCAUCACACCCUGUCCAGAUACUCUUCGUACUACCAGGACUUUGUUGAGCCCAUCAAAUGUUCAGUUAACCAGCUGCGUUUUGGUUUGGAGUCCCUGAAGGUGGUCUUCGCAAGAGUCCAACAGGCGGGCAGCGUGGUGCAGGCCGAGCAGCUACAGGAAACCAUCGGGGAUAUAGUGCAGUUCCCCUCGCAGCAGCCAUUGGUAAUCCGAAACAGCAGGCUCUAUGGAAUUCUGGCCGAGUUGCCCCACAGCGAGUACGAGUACUUCCGCUUGCUGAAGGCCAAAUUGAGCGAACUGAGCAACUACAUCUCGCUGGGGAGCGUGAUAGACGAAGGCACCUUUGCGGCCUACGACGAUGCCCUGAGCAUCUGCAACCAAACCUGGCAGCAGGAGGAGCAGCGUCGCUGUCAACUCAAAGCGGAGGCCGAAAGCCUGUAUGUGACCAAGACCAAGGGAGGAGUCGAUAGUGAGGAGCUCAUUGAAAUGCAGGAAAUCGAGCAAAACUUUCCCACUAGUCUGGACGAAGAUUUCGCCGAGUUCGUGGCGCAACCGACCUUGGAACAGGUCCUGAAGCUGGACAAGAAGGCCAGUGCCAAGGCCAAGCAGGCUCAGAUUGUGGUCGAGGAGGACUACGCCUUCCUGGCGCGCAACUUCAUCGAUGUGAUGACGCAGCAUACUCCGGUCUACUAUAGAGAGCAGCCCAAGUCCACGAGGGAAUCGGAGCUCCAGCUACUCGAGCCCUACCGAGCUCGGUUCCAGGUGUUUGCCCAUCUGCAUGGUCACUACAAGAAAGCCCUGGGAUCGAACCUGGAUGAGAGGGCCUGCAAUGGCCUGGCCUUCGGACUGGCGCUGCAGCAGAAGCAGCUGAAGGACAUCGAACUGGAGGAGGGAGUGGCCAGUUCCCCCUACGAUUUCUACAAGGACUCGAACAUCGGCGAGGUUCAGAGCUGCCUGGAUGUGAUGGAGCGGAUCGAGAAGCGUGUGGUCCAGCAGCUGGAACAGUAUCCCGAGCACGCCGGCCUGGCCGACAUUAAGCUGGUGAUCUCGCGCAUCCGACGGCUCCCUGCUCACGCCCCAGUAGUUCGCUUCAACACGGGCUUCCAGCUGCUGCGACAGAAGGUGGCCCUCUGGAACGAGGUGGCGCACAAGAACAACAACCUGGUGUCGGAGGAGAUCGAGGUGGCCGAGUUUGUCCAACGUUGGACCCGAUUGGAGCUGCAGCACUGGCGCAACUGCCUCAACCAAACCGCCGCCCAAGUGGAGCUGCAGGCCUACCGCUACUGGUUCUUCAUCUACAACCUGCUGCAGCAGUUCCUGCACCAGAAGCAGCUGGAUCAGUCCUACACGGACAUCAAGUUCGCCGAGCAGCGCUUCGCGCAGGAGCAACUGCUCGAUGCCCAGGAUCUGGGAGAGGGCCAGCGCCUGGAACUGCCGCAAGUGGUGCGAAUUCUGAGGCAGUUUGUGGAGGCCUCCUGCUAUGGCGACUUCCACAUCCGGCUGCAGCUCCUCCAGGGAUUCGAACUGUAUCUGCACAACGUGGAGCGGGCUGGAAAGAUCGAGGGAUUGCCCCCGCUAAUCGCCGCACUGCACAAUCUUCAGCUGUACUUCUCGCAGUUCGCCGGCGAGAUUGCGGACUCCGCGAAAUCGAGACGCUCGCCCAUUGAGAAGAAGCUGAAGGAGUUCGUCAAGAUCCAGAGCUACAGCAAGGACCUGAGCUACUUCAGCAUGCGCAACAACGUGGCCAGCGUGCACCGCAACCUGAACAAGUUCCUCAAGGAGUACCGCCUGGCGCUGCAGGACAAGAUCAGCGAGGUGUUCCAGCCGAAGGACUCCACCGCCAAGGACUACACCUUCGGCACGGACAAGGGCAAGGGCUUGAGGAACUACAAUAAGAUCAAGUACCUCAACACGGAGCGCCAACAGUUCGUGGCUAGUGAGAAGCUGUUGGAGAAGUUCGCCAUCCAGUCGGAGUUCGUGUCGGAGAACGCACUGCUCCAGCGCCUGGAGAAGCACUUCCGAACGGCUCGUCACGUGGUCAGGGAGACGCUGGGACAGGUGCCCUACGCCGAGCUGAUCACCGACUUGGACGACCUGCUGGCCAGCCAGUUGGAGCGAUGCGAGCACCUGCGCUCCCUGAACGUCGACCGGACGAAGGAGCGACCGCAGCAGAAGCAGGAGGCCAAGCAGAUCCUCCAGCAGAAGCGCAAGGCGCUCACCGAUCUCUUCAAGAUGCUCCAUCGGCUGGGCGCCAGCUACAAGAGCGGUCUCCUAGAGCUCUCGUUGCGCAGCGAGUUCGAGGACUUCCAGCUGGCUCCGUACUCGAUUCGCGCCAUGUUGCCCCGGCUGCAUCCCAGUGCCCAGCAGCUGAACGAGCACCUGGACCUGUACUACAUGAAGAGUGUGUUCAAGCUGAAGCUGCUGCAGAACAUCAUGCUGACGCCCCUCUCGGAGCUGGGUCCUCCCAACAUUGAACGCAUCAAGGGCUUCGCGGUGGACCUGUUCCUGCUGGUGCAGCAGCAGCGGGAGCAGCUUUCCGCAUCCACCAAAGAGCUUCACGAGCUGAGGAACUCGCUGGAAAGCUUGCGUAAGCUGGCCGAGAUUGUUCCCCAGGCGGAGAGGGAUUCCGAGGCUCUGGGCUUCGCGAGGAGCGCGGAUUUGGCAACGGAUAUAAAGCGUAAUCUCUGCCAGAUUCACUACGUCUUCAGGCAGUGGCAACUGUUGCUGAGUUGCGCCCCCCGAUCGCUGAAGGAGAACUCGGAGCACAGCCUGCUGGUGAGGAGUGUUCCCUUGGCCCAAGCGGAGUUGCAUGAUCUCAGCAGACAGAUCUUGAGCAGCAGCCAGAAGCUGCUGGGCGAGCUCAACACCGCGAACCUGGACUUCUUGUCGAGCGAGAAGUGCGAUUCCUACCAGAAGAGCUAUCAGCAGAUAUUGCAGAUCAUUGAAAAGGCCUUGGAGUUGCUCGGAGCGGGACAGAAUGAUCAUCUGCCGCUGGCGCAACCGCUGAUCGAGCUUCUGGCCAGCCUGCGAACCGAAAAGCCCGUCGAAAUUGUCCCCGAGGCCAUAGAUCUGGCCAAUGCGGACACGGAGCUGGCCAACAUAGCCCACAGUGUGCUCAUAUCGCUCCAGAAGAUUUACAAGCACCACGCCAAGCCGGAUGAGGCUGAACCAAAUGGCGGGGCCGGCGAACAGGAUCAGGAGUCGAAGGAGGCGCUGCAGGAACAGCAUCUGAAGAAGUGCCUCACCGCCGAAAUCAAUUCGGACUGGGAGCAGCUCAGCCUGUCCCGAGUGCUCGCCAAGCUGUCCAAUGUGCUCCUGGUGCUGAAGCACUCCAGCUCCGAGGGCCAGGAAAAGCUGAUCUGCGUGCGGCGAGCGAUCGGUCUGCUGCCCAUUCUGGAGCAGUACCAACUGCUGGCGGACUACUUGCUGCUGCAGCAGUUGGCCACCCACAAGGUCUCCGCCAAGAUGCUGUCCAUAGUUCUCACCGUCUUCGUUGAGAUCGGCAGCAAGGGCUUCUGUGUUCCGCCGGAUCUCAUGCAGGACGAGGAGGGCCAGUCGAAGCAGGACUCCAAGAACGGCGAGGGCUUUGGCCUAGAGGACGGCACCGGGGAGAACGACGCCUCCGACAAGAUCGAGUCGGAGGAUCAGCUGGACGACGCCAAGCGGCCGGAAGAUCGAAAGGACGAGGGCGACAAGCAGGAGCCCGAUUGCAAGGAGGAGAAGGGAAUCGAGAUGAGCGACGACUUCGAUGCCAAGAUGCAGGAUGUGGAUAAACCUGAGGAGGACGACAGCGGCGAGUCCGAGGAGGAGGAGGAUCUCAACAAGGAGAUGGGCGAGACGGAGGAGGGAGCCGAGAAGCUGGACGACCAGAUCUGGGGCGACGACGAGGAGGAAAAGCCGGAGGAGAAGGAACCCGAUAUGAACGAGGAGGAUCAGGGCAAGGGCAGCAAGGACGAGAAGGAUGCGCACAACGAUCUGGACACCAAGAACGACGCAGCCAAGGAGGAUGGCAAGGACGAGCACGAGAAGGACGGCUUGGAUGCCACCAACGAGCCGAGCGGCGAGGAUAAGCGCAAGGAGCAGGCCAAGGACAUUGACGACAUGAAGGACCCAGAAAUGGACGAGGAGCAGACGAACGCCAUGCACAACGAGCUGGAGGAGCCGCCGGAGCCCGAGGAAAUGGACCUGGGCGAUAUGAACAACGUGGACGAAGGUCACGACGACCAGGAGGAGCAGCCGACGGACGAGAAUCCCUUCGACAUCGAUGCCAUGAAGGAGAACAUGCAGCCGGCUGAGGAACCGGAGCCAGAUGGCGAGGACGAACCUGCCGGCGAAGAGGAAGGUGACCCCCAGAGCGACGGCAGCGAUUCCGAGGAAGAUGAGGCUGGCACGGAAGCCAAGCCGGGUCAGGAGGAUCAGGGCGAGGGUGAGGAAGCCACCCCCGAAGAGGAAAAAGAAGAGCCGGAAACUCAGACCCGAGGAGAACUAGAGGAAGAGAACGAACCCAAGCCCGAGGACAGCACUGAAGAUUCCAAGGAAGAGGAGGAAAAGCGCGAGGAGAAGCCGGAGCAGCACACCCAGUCCAAGGACAAGCCCAGCAAUGAGGAGAAUGUGCAGUCCAUGCCGGAAACGGAACAGAGCAGCUCGGCGGACCAGGUGCAGCAACCGCAAGAUCCGGACAUUAAGCAGGACCAAAAGCUCGACGAACAGGAGACGGGCGAGGAGAAGGAUGGCGUUGGCCAAGCCGAGAACGAUACCAACGAUGGUGGGCAUCAGGGCAUCGCGGAAACCCAGGAAACGGUGUCCCAGGAGGAGCGUAAAAACGAGAGACAAACGCAGGAGAAGCGCAAACAGGGACGAACCAACGAGGAGCGAUCCUUGGGCGAAGCUGAACAAAACAAAUUAAAGCAACUGAAGACAAUCGACAAACUAACGGAGUCCAAAGAAUCAGAUGACGCUGAACCGGAGAAGCCGGCACCCUCUGAGGAAGCGGAGGCUGAGGAGUAUCAGCAUGUCAAGGAGCCAAAGAACAGCGACAAAACUACGCUGGAUAAUGCCACCGAGGAGCAGUCGAAGAAGCUGCAGCACCAGGAGGAUGAGCCGGCCAACGAAGACGAAAAAGAGGCGGAGAAUGCGGACGAGCUAAUGGAGACCGAGGAGCCAGCGGCCGAUCCGCAGGAUGAUGCCCAACUUGAGCAGCUGGGUGCGGAGAAGACGGAGCAAAAGUCCGACAAGCCUUCCAAGACGGACCAGGCCAAGGAGCGCCUAGAAACGCCCGAGGGCAUGGAGAUCGAGGGCGAGGUGGUGCCCACCAUGACGGUUCCACGCAGCGCAGAGACCACGGCGCACAGCAACAUCGAAAUCUUGCUGGACAAAAGUUCGCAUGCGGAGGAGCUGAGCGCGGCAGAGCAGAUUGAACUACGGCAACAGUAUCAGCAGCAGUUGACCACCUUCCGAGGGGCUCAGCCGCAGCACGAGGACUACGAAAGCUGGCAGGGCAUCUCCAACCGAAUGACCCAGAAUGCCCGCGAGCUCUGCGAACAGUUGCGUCUCAUCCUGGAGCCCACCAAGUGCACGCGUCUGAAGGGCGACUACCGCACCGGACGACGCAUCAACAUGAAGAAAAUUAUACCCUACAUAGCUUCGCAAUUCCGCAAGGACAAGAUCUGGCUGCGACGCACAAAGCCGGCGCAGCGCGACUAUAAGAUCACCAUUGCCAUAGACGACUCCAAGUCGAUGCAUCACAACAACUCCAAGACGCUGACCCUGGAGGCCAUCUCUCUGGUGUCGCAGGCGCUGACGCUGCUGGAGAGCGGUCGCCUGAGCAUCGUGUCCUUCGGAGAGGCGCCGCAGAUCAUCCUUAAUCACACGGAGCAGUUUGACGGGCCGCGCCUGGUGAACGCUUUGAACUUCGACCAAGACAAGACUAAAAUUGCCGGCCUUCUGGACUUCAUACGCACGGCCAACGCCGAGGAGAGCGGCCUGGGCGGCGACAAUGGUCUGUUCGAAAACCUUCUGCUCAUCCUCAGUGACGGACGGAAUAUAUUCAGCGAGGGUGCGCAGAAGGUUAAAAACGCCAUCAAGCUGGCGCGCCUGCAGCGCAUCUUCCUGGUUUACAUCAUAAUCGACAACCCGGACAAUAAGAACUCCAUCCUGGACAUACAGCAUGUGGCGGUGAAUGCGGACGGUUCCGUCAACAUCAGUUCCUACCUGGACAGUUUUCCAUUCCCCUACUACGUCAUUGUCCGGGAUCUCAACCAACUUCCACUGGUGCUCAGCGAAGCCAUGAGACAGUGGUUCGAGCUCGUCAAUAGCGAGUAGUUCUGAUUUCAAUAUUUGACCCCCCAAAUUGUAUCACGAAGAUAUCAAUAUAUUCCUUUUUUUUAUAA